CCAGCCCUUCAACAAACCACGACCCCUCUCCCUCUACGCAGUCUAGCCGGUUCAUACUCGGGCUCCUCCUCGGCUUUCCCACGGUUUCGAGCUAUAUACAACCCCGAUACCAGAGACACAAUGGGCGCCGGCAACUCCAAGCCUGAGGCUUCGGCCGGCUCGAAGCAUGUUUUCUCGAGCAACUCUCCUGUCCAAUUCUCCUCGAAUCUCGUCGAGGCCCUCCAGACCAGCUCCGAGACCGACUCCUCCCGCGCAAAGACCCUCGAACUCCAGAUCCAAGAGCGCGUAGCCAAGGAACUCGAACGCCUCCGCGAACGCGAACAAAAGACCCUCGCCGACAUUGAACAGCGCCUGGCCGAAGUCAAAGACACCGCUGCCACCGCUACCGCUACCUCAACACCGAACAUCAGCCACACUCCCGGCUCUUUGGACCUGGAUGCUCCGCGAAUUCCUUUCGCUGGCAGGGAGUACACCCCCGUUGCUGCGCCGGUGGACCGUCCCAUCAACCGUGACGUAACGCGGACCGCAGUGCAGACUGAGAUCGAUCAGCUGCGGGAGAAGCUCGACGGGCGGAAGAAGCUUAUUGAUGUUGGUGAGAAUGUUGAGCGGGCGAGAUCGGAUGUCGCCAGCUGCUUGCGGGUGAACGACCGGCGGCCUCUGGACUGCUGGAAGGAGGUUGAGGGGUUCAAGCGGGAGGUUGCUAAGCUCGAGGAGACUUUUGUGGACCGUAUUGUUGGUUAAAUGAGAUAUGUUUUGAUAUAUCUCUGGUUGUUUUUCUGCCGGGUUUUACAAAAAUAAAUCGGGUCCUCAUCUUCUUACUCUUCCCCUGUCUUACCUCCGUUUAUCCGCAUAACACUUGGCCUUUGAAAUGUGUGCAUGUAUGUAUAGUUUCCUAUUUAUUCUGUUGAAUGAUUGAAAUUGAACCUUUAUACAUUUCGCUUGAUGGGCGACAUGGUUCGCUUAUCAACAUUACUGCCCUGACUAGCUAAUUGAAAACGCCAAGUUUUGUCAAAUAUGAAAAUAAGAC